AUGCCAAUGGGACAAGGCUACAGCGUCGAAGCACAGCUCACUGGAAUGGAUGUUAUCGGCGGCCUACAAUUCGAGAUUACAUCAUCGGCUCCCGCAAAGUCUAUACAUUUAUUCCUUAAGACGCUCGCUGGCAAGACAAUCUUACUCAAAUGCUUACCCCCAUAUACGAUCCGCUCUGUUAAGAAUUUGAUAUACAGUUUUGUAAGGGUUCCGGUUAAUGAACAGCGGCUUAUAUCUGCGGGCAGAGAGUUAUGCGACGGCUUGACACUUGCUAACUACCAUAUCGAACCGGAAGCCACUAUUCAUUUGUGUGUACGUCUUUUUGGCGGUGGUGUAAAUUUAGACGACACGCCUAUAGGUGAUCAUUCCAUGGGCGUUGCGGCGGGAGGUAAGAUCGAGCAGAGCAUUGAAAUGGACAUCGAACCCGAUUCCCGAUGGCUCAAGCACAUGACGAUGACGAUUCCGGUACAGAUACUCAACAGCGCUAGCUUCCGAUCUGUCACGGGGCGAAGCCCGCCACCCUCUCCUGUUACCGCAGCGACUUAUGCUGCCCAGGGGCUCCCGUUUUUCGAUCUACCCGAGGAACCUAGUGUUAUUGUCGGGGACUUCGACGCGGUCAAAAGCGUCAACGAAGUAGACCGAUCACGCGGCAUCGCUAUGGCUAGCGAUGAAUCGAUACAUCCGUACCUCAUCAGCCUCGGCCAUUGUGGGGGGCACAUCACGAUCCCGAACCGUCAUAUUCUUGAAGUACAGGACCCAAACGCCUUGAUAAAUCCGGCCGGUCCACUUCGUCCUACUCGUACCGUCGCCGAUCUUAAACGCGAACUAGAUGGUGAGAUUCGCGUUUCGGGGUAUGAUGAGAUGUAUUGA